CGAGGGAAUAUAAGGGGUGUUUCGAGCCACUCUGAAUAAUAAACAAGCGCAACAAUCAAUCGCUGAUAGCUCACGGUGAUUGAUGCCCCAACUUGGUUAUUCAACGCGAAUAGAAACAUCGACUGAAAUUAGAAACGUAACUCUCAUUCGAUCGUACUAUUGUCCGCAAUUUCCCAGCUAUACUUUUUACACGCCGAUCAGUCACCGUUAAUAGGCGAUCAGUCGUUUACCGGUCAGUUGUAAUUCCGGUCAAUUUUCUCACCGAGUUUCUUGACUCAGAAUCGAAAAUCGUCGCGCGAUAAAUAGAAGAUACUUCGGAGCCGUUCAAAAAUUUUUUAAAAAUCCUCGAAACAUUUCGGUGCGAAGUAACCGUACGAGGAUACCCGAUAUCGACACGCGGCGAGAGCAGCGAGCCCUGAUCUCCUUCGCAUGCAUUUAUUCAUUCCUUAUCUUCACGGCGUAUCGGGUGCGUUGCACGUGCACGAGACGUAUGAAGGGAAACGGGGAUUCCCCAUGGCGAGACGCUGCACCGGUCGUACGUUUCUUUCACCGGCACCUGAAUACGGGAACGCCAAUAGUCCUGCGUGGUCACACCUCCCCUGUCCUGCAGCCUCUUCGCGGCUGCCGCCUCCCGGCGGGGUGAAUCGGUCGAUAUUUUCACUAUACCGUACGAAGAACUGGGUAGCAGCAACCACCUUGCUGGUUAUAAGAGCGUCGAGCGGCAGUCACAUGCCCGAUACCGGUGGCUAGCGGUCGAACUCUGGAUUCGCGUCGUCGGGCCUCGCCAACGAUGUCGUGUGCUCGUAUUUUCGGAAAAUUGAACCGCGGAAAUUCGGGGAAUACCAGAGAAACUGCGACGCCGCCCUCCGUCUCGUGACUGGACCUCCGAUAAACCCGCGUCUCAAAGUCUUUGGAGAUCCUUCGAAAAAACGACACCAAUCGACACGAAACAAUUUCCCAACGACCGCAACGAUGACGACGAGAUAGUCCGAGGUAACGGAUCAUGGAAUCUGUAGGGUCAUGCCUGCUCGCUUGGAAGUGGCACCGAAGAUGACGGGGUCUACGAGUUCGAGGGCACCACAACCGCCCAAGGACGUUGCGCCUAAAACUGAACAGCAUCAUACGACACGGGGAAAAAUGACACCGAGGCCGCAAUCGGGGCAAUCGGGACAGCCGAUACAAUUGACCCCGCUGUGGGAACACGUGGUUCGGACUCGUCGGUUUCCGGUAACCGUAGACACGGAAUCUACGUUCCGUGAAAUUUCCGACCGACUGCGAGAUCCCGAGUGGGAAGUCAGACAGCACGCACUCAGAGUACUCGUCGAUGUUCUGCCCGUACUCGAUCAAAACCUCGUCGACGAGUUGAUGGUUCCGGUCGUCCCGGAACUGGUCACUAACCUGGGUCAUCCGGCACCGGCUGUUAGAAAGGGCGCGCUGGAUACCCUCAGAGUUUAUCUUUGCUACAGUCAAGAGAAGAAAAACAUGUUCCAAAAGAUACUGGACGAAGGCUUCACCCGACCGGACGUUCUCGACAACUUUCAGAGCAACGUCAGCAUGGGGGUGAUCCUAAGCGUUCCAUCUCUGCUCUUUCCAUCCGCCGGGAGUCCCAGGCCCCCGGAAGGUGCUCUGAAAUUCGCUAUAAAUGCGUUGGCAUCGCGUCUGGUCCAAGUUACUCAUCAGGAGGCUGCGCUGAGAUCUUUGGCAAGGAUUCGCGAGAUAAUCGGUCCCAAAGAGUUCAAUUCGUACAUGGUGGAUUACAACGCGAAUGUGAAACGUGAUUUCGAUGUACUAUGUGAAGUUUACCGCGUGAACGUCGACCAGGACGAUCGGGUGGUAUCGAAUGUUGAUUCGAAAGACGGGGAAAUCGAAGGAAUUGUGCCGUUGAACAAACGGUGGAACAGCGACAGCGAAUCUUCCGACGAUAUAGACGACUGCGCGGACGACGACGAUGAUCGGGACGAUAUACUGGUGGGACCGAUGCCACCGGGUCGCGUGGUGUUGGAAACCGAGAUAAAAUUCGACGAGGAAACGGCGAUCACCAUGACGAUUUUGGAAGAGAAAGCGAAAAACCGCGACCUCGCUAAUUCCGAAACCGACAGCGAUUACGAUGCUGAAGACGCUGGCAUUAUUCAAGUUAUCGAAGACGCUCUGCCGGAGCGUAGGAAAACGCGUAGGAGGGUACGUUUCGGUGGAGAAAUUGUGAAACUUCGAACGCCGGACAGCGACGAGGCGAGCGUUGGAAAAGUGGAAAUACCAAGGACGAAGAUACCGCUUCCAUUAUUCCCGGCUACGAAAAUGCCGCUCGAUCAUCGCAGGUCCUUCUCGCAACCUACCAGUCCCACCCAUUCGAAAUACUCGAAAAAACGUUCGCUCUCCAGCAGUCCGAAGAGAGAAAUUUACACGCACAAUGCGUUGCUCAGUCCCAAAAAGGGAAUUCUCACGAGAUCCGGCAGUCCCGUAUUCCUCAUUCGUCCCGCAAAGCCGAAAAAAGAGAAACAGAAAAAUCUGUCGAAGAAAAUUUCCGAGACGCCCAACGGAGUGGCGAGAAAUUCGACGCAAUUGAAACAGAUCACGGAAAUCGCGCGAGCCGAUGAAAUAUCGACGACCGAAAACCCUGGAAACAACCAGGGGGAUGCUGAAGUCGCGAACGCGCGCGAAGAGCAAACGAUUCCAACGGAGUUUGACAAGGAGACGAUCAAUUUGGCGAAGAGCGCCGCGGACGGCGAUCAUCGCACCGGCUUCACUGCGCCGCAGCAAAUCGAUCCUGAUAACCAAGCGAAAGAUCGAAGCCCAGCAAAAACACCAAGCCUGGCGAACACGCCGAAGGGAUCACCGAAGCGCUCAUCCCGACCGUCGAGCCGUGUGAAUUUCGACGUGUUCCCGAAACAGGAGAGAAACUAUAUUCUCAUGGAGUUGUCUAGUCCGGAAAGAAAGAAGCACGCCGAUAUGAUAAACGCCGUGAAUGACGCGCGCAAUGAUUUUUCACCAUUCGGGGAGGCGGUGAACGAUGUGCCGAUCGGCGCGAAUAUUACGACCUCCAAAUCGGAAGCGGCCUUACCCGAUCAAUCGCUCAACCGGAUAAUCGAUGGUAUUUCGAAGUCCGCGACCCAAACGCCGGGCAACCCACAAACGGCGAUGACGCAACAUUUUCCGACGACAAUGAAAACGACUCGGCAAAAUGCCAGCAAUAUCGUGCUCACCGAUGCCCAGGAAAAGUUGACGAAAGACCGCGAUUUUUCGUCGAAUGUUUCGCACGUGAGAAAUAUUCAAAAUUCGAAGGAAUUCGUGGAGAAUUUCAGAGGAAGCUACGCGGCGGGAAUCGCCGAGCCUCGGAAAAAAGAGAGUGAAAAUUUUAGUGCGCGCACCGAUAUCGGUGUUGAGAAAAAUCGUAGCUUUCGCGAAUUGACAACUGAGAGGCAAACUGCGUCGUCGAACGGACUGGAAACGGAAAGCGAAAGUUUGACCGGCAGCAGCAGCGAAGGUGAAGGACACUCGCAGGAACCCAGCUGGGAAGAACUUGGAUUAGUUAAUCAAGAAACUUUGAACGACCUUCACAAUAAGGAUGACUGGCGCGCCAGAGUACGGGGUCUCGAACGUCUCGCCUCCGCCCUAAAAACCUCUUCAGCUUUGGCGGCCAUCGAGCCCAGAUUAGGUUCACUUCUUCAAUCUGUUUUGGGCGGUGAAAGGAGCUGCCGGAUAGCAGCAGCCGGAAUGGCCGUGGCAAGGGUGGUAAUUUCCGGUGUCUCGGAGGACGCUCUGAGGAGAAGACUGCCUCAGUUGGCCUGGGGGUUGACUCGACAAGGUGGUCCGCACGCGGCACAACUCGCUAGAAUCGCGAUGCUUCGUCUGAGGCCCGCUCUUCUAUUGGACCAGCUUCUCCAACCGCACUGUCUCGGGGCCAGGAACGGAAAGACCAGGGAGAACGCCUUGCAGCUCCUCAUCUUCUCGUUGGUGACCUUCCCUAGCACGGAAUUCAAGGUUCACACCGUCGCCCGUAGGGUUGCCGAAACGGUCGGCGAUCGCCGUAAAAGGGUUAGACAAGCUGCCCUCGACACGCUCGCUGUAUUGGGUCAAAUUUACGAAACGGAGGAGGUUUUGGAAGCCGGAGAGAGAGCCGCGAGCGGUAGGCACGACUGCGAUUCGAUGAAAGCAGCGAUCAGGUCACGUCUGGCUAGAAAAUCCUUGCCACUCGUCUCCGCCGACGGUCUCGUGGUCUAUGGAUUGCAGAUUUCACCCAACGUUCGAAUCGCAACGGGGGCUGACGUCGAUUGGAUCGUUGCCGGAAGUGGGUCGCUGUCGCCAGGUUCCGGACGAAGCAGGGGUCAACUGAUCGGAAUGACGGCCAGAUUGGACAGCGCGAGUAUUUUCAGGUCCGAGUCAGCUAGAAUCAACAGCCCUUGGGCAGAGCGACAGGAAGUUAUUGCCGUGCAAGGAGUCGGCGUUGGUCCGAGGGAACAAGCUUUCGCUUGGCAAGUUCUUCCCGUUCAGAAUCAAGGUCGCAUGAGGAGCAACCCUCCUCCCCAAGAAGGUCCCGGUAACAGAGCCGAGUCCCGAAUCCCGAUUCUGAACACAAGAGAGCGAGGAUCGCCUAUGAAGGAGUCGUCGAACGAUAAGCUGAUGCGUCGGGGCGCCGGGGUCGGCGAAGCACCCAUCGCUGGAAUGACGUUGAACGAAAUAUCGCGACGGGUAACGCCGGGUUCUUCGAUCGCCGCGGAUCCCGGGGGAUUCUACAGACUUGACUCCCGCGACGACAACGUCGGAUAUGCCUCGAUGUACCAACGCCGGAGACGACUCGUCGGAAGCAACGCGUUUCAAAUGACACCGGACGUUCAGAAUCAAUUCCCUUCACCCGGACAGCGAUACGGGAACAAUCAGCAAGGGAGGAAGUUGCCAGAGCACAUGGACGGGGAGACCAGAACUUCUAGGGGGCGAAACGAACCAAUGAGGGAUUCAGCGCUGCCCGAAAUGUCAGCCGUUAAUUACCAAACAGCUAAUUCGGAAAAUCGAGGCAUGUCCCACAGUUCGGAGAGGAGAAAACGAUCGCAAUCGCGAUCGCGGGAGCGACGGUGCGAGGUCGAAACCAGAACGGCUCCUUGCACACCGAAAACGUCGACCACUCGAGACACUUACGGCACCAUGUAUCAACGACGACGUCGUCUCAUAGAAGGGAACGCAUUUUUGGCCCUAGAAACAGGUCCGAGUGGGACGAAUUAUUACCAACAGACGCGUCGCUACUCUCGUCAUCCCUCGGAUAAGAGCGACCCUCCGAAUCCCGUGGAUAGACCGAGUAGAGGUAGCGAUGCGCGACGAUCGUACAACGAACAUGUCAGGGAAUCGGUGCUAAAACUUCCGGAGAGGGGCCAAGGUAUGACGGAAAUACCGACGGUCAAUCUGAACGAGAUGAAAAUCAACCGUGGAGGGUCGUCACGGGGUUCGGACGAGAGACAACAACAGCGCAGGCCGAAAUCGCGCAACGAAGAAAACGGACCCGGGGAUAACGCGGACGCAAAAAUUGGCUCCGUGUUUACAGAUAAAACUGUCGUGGAUGACGAGGACUAUGACAUCCGACGUCAGACUUCGUCGCGAUCAUCCGUCUACGAAAUUCAGAGUACCAGUAGCAGAAAUUCUCAAUAUCAAGAUUCAUCAUUAACAGUUAAAAGAGCCACUCAGGACAUCAAUGAAUUCGAAGACGACGCCGAUCGUCCGGCGAGUGCUAAUAGCUCGAAUUCGAACAUAUCAGUGAACAAAAGCACUGAAACUAGAAUUCACAAAGUGAAUGGUAACCACCGAAACAGCGAAGAUGAAAUACGAAGCCGAAGCAAUAGUCCAGGGAGUCGUAACAGCGGAUCGUCAACCCCCCGUAGUCAAACGGCCGCGUUCGACGUCAUGCCCUUUGAAACGGUACCGGAAAGGAGGAAUUCCGUGAACUCUUACGUCAUAUCUCUGAGCUCGAAAAGGUCGAACCUUCCCGACGAGUCGAUCGCGGUUGAAAUUGAGGACGAAAAUUUCAGUACUUCGGACAUCGAAGCGGACGAACAAACCGACGAUCAAUCGCUGCAAGACAAACUAAGCCAUGAUUACGAGAACCAAAAUUUCGGCGACGACACCGACGACACGUUCGACAAUAAACUUACGCGAAUAAAAGGCUCCACUCGCAUGCCAUUCGGCAGCUCUACGGAAAGCGAGUUCUCUCAAAUUACUCCGAGAGAUUCAUCGUUCCGGCCCAAUAAGUCCUUCAAUAGGGCAGGGGAUUCACCCCGUUCCUCGCACUCCUUCCAGCAGCUCGCCGAAGAAGAAUCUAUAGCCUCCUCCAAGCAAUCUUUGACAUCCAAAGAGUCCAGAGAAACCGUCGUGUCGAAUCACGGCGCAAACAAGAUUCUCCCGAGCUACGAAAUCGAGGAAGACGAAACGAAGCAGAACGUCGCUUAUGGUUAUUCGUCGCCUAAAUCAUCGGAGUCAUUUGUCGAAGAAGCACGCGAUUUACCCGACGAAGAUGAAGAGGAACCUACACCGGAUGACUCUGGAUCCAUGCCGUCUUUGGGGUCACGUAGUUUCCAAGAACUUGAUCGACCAGAAUUAUACAGUACCAGUAAUUCUGCUUCGAUAGUCAGGUCUUCGCACAGUCAUUCCAACGAACAGAUAGAACUGGAAGACGGUGCAUACGGAGAGGAGGCAGCCGAUCAUUCGAACGCGACCCCCGACUCGAGGAAUUCGAGAAACGGCUUGAGAACACCUGCGAAAGAUGCUACGCCCACUCCGGAACCGAGCGAAUUUUCAACACCCGGCAAAUCCAGUCGAAACGAGCGACCGCAAAGUCAAAUCGGUUCGGAUCUUCCGAAUGUUGCGGUCAGCAGGGUAAAGUUGAACGAUAUGCCGUGAAACAAUGAAAAAGUAUCAAAGAAAAGUAUUAACAAAUUUUUCAUUAUACUCCACAGGCUGACCAAUCAUUGACACCGGGAUCAGCAGCUCAUCCGGCUAAAACUCAGGCAUCAAAAGUCCCGCGAAUCAAACCAAAACCUCGAGUAA